AGGGGCCGGGACCGGCGCGGAAUUCGAACGCGGCGCCCGAGUGUGGGGGAAGGAGGGCGGGCGAGGAAGGCGGAACGGACAUGGCGGCGGCUCCGGCUUCGGGCGGUGCCCAUGGCAGGGUGAGCAAGGUAGGGAAGAGCAGGCGCUGCCCACCGGCUCGGGUGCAGGUAAGUGUCCGACUCCGGCCCCUCCUGGGAGAAGAGGACGGAGUUGAAGGCGGGGAGAAAUCGUGCGUGCGAGGACUGGACAGUCACUCCCUUGAAGUUGCCAACUGGAGAAAUCACCAGGAGACGCUUAAGUACCAGUUCGAUGCUUUUUACGGAGAAGCUAGCUCGCAACAGGAAGUCUACGCUGGUUCCGUGCAGCCCAUUCUGCGCCAUCUUCUGGAGGGGCAGAAUGCCAGCGUGCUUGCCUACGGACCCACUGGGGCAGGGAAGACGCACACGAUGCUGGGCAGCACGGAACAGCCCGGGGUGAUCCCCCGGGCCUUGUGGGACCUGCUACAGCUCACGCGGGACCAAGGAGCGGAGGGGCGGCCCUGGGCCAUGUCUGUCUCCAUGUCCUACCUGGAAAUCUAUCAGGAGAAGGUGCUGGACCUCCUGGCCCCGGCCUCUGGGGACUUAGUGAUCCGUGAAGACCGUGCGGGCAACAUCCUGGUCCCCGGCCUCACCCAGAAGACUAUUGCUUCCUUUGCUGACUUUGAGCGGCACUUCCUGCCGGCCAGCCGGAACCGGACCGUGGGCGCCACCCGGCUCAACCAGCGCUCCUCCCGCAGCCAUGCCGUGCUGCUGGUCAAGGUUGAGCAGCAGGAGCGCCUGGAACCGUUCCGGAAACGCGAGGGAAAGCUCUACCUGAUCGACCUGGCCGGCUCCGAGGACAACCGGCGCACGGGGAACCGAGGCCUGCGGCUGAAAGAGAGCGGGGCCAUCAACACCUCCCUCUUCGUGUUGGGCAAAGUGGUCGAUGCGCUCCACCAGGGCCUGCCCCGCGUCCCCUAUCGGGACAGUAAGCUGACACGGAUGCUGCAGGACUCCCUGGGGGGUUCAGCCCACAGCGUUCUGAUCACCAACAUCGCCCCAGAGCGGCGCUUCUACCUGGACACCCUCACCUCGCUCAACUUUGCUGCACGGUCCAAGGAGGUGAUCAACCGGCCUUUCACCCACGAGAGCCUGCGGCCGCCCGCUCCCGUAAAAGCACCCUGCAAGGACAGCCCUACAGAGGCGAAGCGGCCACGGGAACAGCAAGAGCAGGAAGAGGGCAAGACAAGCCCUGAGUGCCCCUCUGAUCUCACUAGCUUCAACCUUCUGCAGCAGUUGAAGUCCCUGGAUCAGGGGGUGCUGGAGCGGCUUCUAAGCUUCGAUCAACUGCUGAGAUCCCAGGGCCCCCAAAGCCCUCCCGUCCUCAAAACCCCCGGCAAGGAGCGGCUGGCGCUGCUCCGCAAAGUGGAGGAGCGGGACCAGGAGAUCAAGAGGCUGAAAGAAAAGCAGAAGGAGCUGGAAGCCAGGGUCUUAAAUCCCAAGAAGGAGCACUUCCCCUCGAGUCAACCUCAGUCCUGGCCCAGCCCCAAAACCGCUGUGGUGCUCCCCUUGCAGCAGCUGGCUCAGGUACAGACAUCGUCCCCAAACAACACCCUUGCUCUACUUAAGAAGAAAAGCCAGAAGAGAAAGAUGGAGUCCCCAAAAUCAGAACAGGAAAACAAAGCCGAAGCCUGGGAGCUACAGAUCUGCCCCGACCUCCUGGCCCUGGGCCGGGAGAAAAUCCUAGAUCUGCUGAACCACGGCUCGGGCCGGGACCUGCGGAGGCUGCAGCGCAUCGGGGAGAAGAAGGCUCGGCUCAUCAUGGGGUGGAGGGAGCUGCAUGGGCCCUUCAAGCAGGUGGAAGACCUGGAGAAAGUGGAGGGGAUUUCCCGCAAGCAGGUGGAGUCUUUCCUGAGGGUCAACAUCAUGAGUCACGUGGCAGUCGACAGCAGCUCUCCCUGACUGACUCAACCCUCCUCCUGAUGGUUUUGUACAGCAUCCCCCUUCGGCCCCGUCCAUUCGGCCCGCCUCAGGUGUUACUUCUCAUCCCUCGCACGCAUUUUUAAGAAACCCGUAGGUCGUGGGCAAAUACGGGGGGGGUCACGCCCAGUUAGGCCGUCGUGGAACUCCGUGCGGCCUGUAAAUAGAUAUCUUUCCCCCA